CAAAAACAUUCCUAAAUAACUUUAACGACUACCCAUAUUCUUACCCGAUCUAAAAUCUCCGAAUAUUCGAUUGCACGGUCCUACAGAUGUUAUUCGCGCGUAACAGCACAUUUUGUUUCUCAUUUUCUCAAAACAAAACAAUUUGUGCCUAGCAAUGUAGUUUUUAUAAAGGCCGUAGAAUUUUGUUGCUUGACAAUGGAGGAAAUGUGCAGAGUUUGCAUGGGAAACUCCGGAGCACUCGCAAACAUUUUUGAUGAGACACACACAUGGGACACUUGCAUUGCUGACAUGAUAGCACAGUGUACUGGGUACGAGGUAAGGCGAGGCGAUUUACUAUCAGAGAACAUAUGUCCGCCUUGCCUUGAGGAUGCUGUAAAUGCAUUCAAUCUUAUAAAAACCUAUGAGCAGAGCCAUCAACUAUAUUUCCCAGUGAUGGAGGACGAUAUAGAAGAAGAUUUAUGCUAUAAUCUGGAAGACGAGAAAUGGCAAAUGUCAGCUAGUGGAAGUGAGCGGUCAAACCAUUUUAAAGCCGAGGCCAUGAUGUUCAAAUGUCCUCAUUGCCCGAUGAGUUUCAAACAAAAAUUCCAUCUGCAGAGACACGUACAAAUGCAUACAAAUGAACGACCCUACCAAUGUUCACACUGCUCAAAGUCCUUCAUCCAAAAAUCCAAUCUUGAAUCACAUACCCGAAAUCACACAGGUGAUCGACCAUAUCAAUGCUCUCACUGUACAAAGUCAUUUCAACAAAAGUCCCAUCUCCAAGUACACAACCGCACCCACACGGGGGAGCGACCCUACAAGUGCACUUACUGCUCCAAGUCCUUUACUCGAUCUGACAUUCUUCAGAGUCAUAUUCGAACGCACACUGGUUAUCGACCCUACAAAUGUUCGCUCUGCUCGAAGUCCUUUAUACAAAAUUCCGACCUCCAGGUACACAUCCGAACACACACCGGGGAGCGACCAUAUAAGUGCACUCUCUGUCCUAAGUCAUUUAAUCAAAACUACUAUCUUCAAAUGCACACCCGUACUCACACAGGUGAACUCUCGCCACACCAGUGUUCGUAUUGCUCGAAAUCUUUUAGCAAGAGAGGAAAUCUCUUGACUCACAUCAGGACGCACUCAGAUGAACGGCCCUACAAAUGUUCCUACUGCCCCGAAUCUUUUAAACUCAAAGGUAUUCUUAAAAGACAUACCCUUAUUCACACAAAGAACGUGUCAUCCUUCCCUCUUUCCGAAACCCUCGACAACAUAUCCGCAAGCACGCUGAGUGUCGACACUACAAUUUCUCCUGCUGCAACCCUAUAUAAUGAUCCUCUGUAAAGAUUUUUUAAUUACCUCAUAAUUAAAACAUAUCUAGCAAAAAAAAAAAAUUGUUUAUCAUAUUUAGCUGAGCUUUGGAAACAUCAUUAAUGAAUAUGAAGCAAAUCAAAAAAAGCGCUACCAUCCAGUUUAUAUGUAGAUCGAAAGUACCUUUUUCGGUAUUGCUAUCGAAACGGUAUUUUUUGAGUUGAAAAUUGAGCAGACGGUAUACAUACAUAUGUACGCUAUAUUGGUGUAUAAUGGCAUAUUUGAUAAAUUUCAUCAAUAUAUUACAUUUAAUUAUUAAAUGUAUAUUAAGGAAGAUAGGGUAUAGAAACUUCCAUUCGCAGGUUUUUCGCUACCAAAUCGUCCUCGCAGUACAUUCCAUACUCACUGUUGUCACCAUACAUACUGUUUUUGUUGAUCUUUUUUGUUUCAACUUUGUAUUAGACAAUAUAUAAUGAAAAUAAGUACUUAAAAUUAGCUAAUCUUGUAGAUCAGAGGGUUUUAGGUAGUCAGCAUUAUUCAACGGUAUACCAAAAUUGAGAAAUUGUUUGUCUAUUUUUUCUAAAACCCUUUUUUACGCAAAAUCCAAUAAAAGCUAGUAAUAAGAGUAAGGCAGUUAAGUAGAAAAUUGAUUCAUCAAUCCUAUAAAAAUAUGUGGGCAUAGCUAAAUAUUGCAUCUAGCUUGUAAUAUUCGACGGAACAUCAAAAUUGACCAAUAUGGUUUCCAAUCCUUGACGGAGAACGAUUAACCUGUUAUAAGCGAUAGGGGUAUUUCAAUUUUUCACCGAAAAUAAUGAACAUUUAAUAAUUUUAGCGCAGUUCAGGUGAAAGUUAGUGCUGUUAUUUUUAAGUUCAGAUGAAAGAUGGCAGGAAUCUACAACAAUAAGUUACAAUCGCAAGUAUUUUCAGCCAUUUACCUGAAGUAGUUAAACUAUUGAAAUAGAGGGCUGUGGAGUGGGCUAAGUUCGGUUUUUCAUCAUAACGAGACGCUACAUUGUUGUUGAGGAGCAAAAACAACAAUCGUCGCAUCAAGAAAACAAGUAAAGUAUUUAAAAAGAUCUAGUCAAGUAGAAAAUUGAUUCAUUAUUCGGAUAAAAUUAUGUGGGCAGCGCUGAGAGAUCUAUUUAGCUAGUAAUAUUUGACGGAAUAUUAGAAUCGAGGAAUAUUUAGAACAGAACUUGAAUUCGUCAGUAUAUUUACGGUAUGUUUUUAAAAUUGGACGGUAUAUUUUGGUAUAUUUCUGGAUUAUAUUUUAUCGACAAUCUGCUCACCAUUUUGGAAUUAAAAAAGUGGAGUGGGGACUUUGUCGCUUAUAAAAUUCGUUUAUCUGUGAAAAAGUGACUGCAAAAGUGUAAUUUUGUUGUGAUUAUUGAAGUAUAUUGAUUAAGAAA